AUGGCCAAGAGUUGCACUGCACGGAUCUGGCCGGCCAAGCCGGCUUCCAAGUCCAAGGAGGAAGCUGCCAAGAGGGUCAAGCCCGAACGUCCGCCGACCAUGCAGCUGAUCGUCAAUGCCAUCGAGGCGGACAAGGACGCCAAGGGCACCUCGGUGAGGGCCAUCAAGAAGCACAUCAUGGCCAACCACAGCGUGCCCUCGGCGAUGCUGAACCGCAUGCUGCGGAAGGCGUUCGAGGCGGGCCUGUCGGGCGGUCAGCUAGCUCGUCCCAAGGGUCAGACCGAGGCGCGCGUUCUCUCCGGCCGCUACCGGCUCGCCACCAAGGAUAAGACCAAGCCAACCCAGAAGAAGGCUGUGACCAAGUCGCCGGCAAAAACUGCCUCCGCCAAGCUAGCGAAGGCUCAGACGCCGUCGAAAGCUGCAGCCGACGAGAAGGCGACGCCGGUGAAGAAGGUGGCCAAGUCGCCGACCAAGGUGAAGAAGAUGGCGGCGAAGAAGAUCACAGCAAAGAAGCCCGUUGCAAAGAAAAUGGCUGCUGGGAGGGUCGUCAAGGUGUAAUGUUCCUGUGCUGCUUUAUGAGUGUACAAAAUUAUUGAGUGUUCAUAUGCAUUGUGUUCAUCCAUUGCGUAGAUAUUGGAGAUAUUGGAGUAACCUUUGAAGGAACCUACGGAUCGCUAGAAGUUGUAGAAGCGCGAGAUUCAGUGUGAGACACGUCGAAGUCCGACGUCAAGG